AAAGAAAAAACGGGGAUAGAAAUAGUAUGAACGAAAAGACAUAGCUACCCUCAACCCUUUCUUCUAACGGAGGGUAGUUAAAUAAAUUCACAUGCACCGGAACUGUAAUCUUCAAUCCUAAACUGUUUCACUCUCUGCCAUUACUGCCAUAACUUGCUUUAGAUCCCCAAAACGUAACUCGCUCUUCCCGUAACUCACUGAGUCAAUUUGCGGCCAUUUCUCUGCGAGUUCCACCAGCCGGAGCGAGAGGAUCCUAGGUGCGUCACUGAGCCGUGACUCGUUCUUAACUCGGGAAUGGCUUCUUCGGAAGCCGAUUCCCGUCUGAAGCAGGUGCUCGUUCCCGCGCUCGAGAAAAUCAUCAAGAACGCGUCGUGGAGAAAACACGCGAAGCUCGCACACGAGUGCAAAUCCGUGAUCGAAAACCUAACCUCACAGCCGAAGCCUCAGUCGCCGGCCUCCGACGACGCCGCCGAUCUGGAGGCAUCCGUACCCGGCCCGAUCCACGAUGGAGGUCCAGUGGAGUACUCGCUCGCAGAGUCGGAGUCGAUCCUACGCCCGCUCAUCGCAGCCGCGGGCUCCGGCGUCGUGAAGAUCGCCGAUCCCGCUGUCGACGCCGUACAGCGACUCAUCGCGCACGGAUUCCUUCGCGGUGAGGCCGACUCCGGUGGCGGCGCGCCCGAGGCCAAGCUGCUCGCGAGCCUGAUUGAGGCAGUGUGCAAGUGCCACGAAUUCGGCGACGACGCCGUCGAAUUGCUCGUGCUGAAGACUCUCUUGUCAGCGGUGACUUCGAUUUCGCUGCGAAUUCACGGCGAUUGCUUGCUGUUGAUUGUGAGAACUUGUUAUGACAUAUUCCUAGAUAGUAAGAAUUUGGUGAAUCAGACGACGGCGAAAGCGUCGUUGAUUCAGAUGUUAGUGAUUGUGUUUAGGAGGAUGGAGGCGGAUUCGUCCACGGUUCCUGUUCAGCCUAUUGUUGUGGCUGAAUUGAUGGAUCCUGUAGAGAAAUCUGACGCGGAAAACUCCAUGACGCAGUCUGUACAGGGUUUUAUCACCAAGAUUGUGCAGGACAUCGAUGGAGUUCUGAAUCCGGUGGCGCCGUCAUCUUUGGGCGCACAUGACGGUGCCUUUGAGACAACAGUGGCGGCAACCGUGGAGGCUGCGAAUCCAGCGGAUUUGUUGGAUUCCACUGACAAAGACAUGUUGGAUGCCAAGUAUUGGGAGAUCAGUAUGUAUAAGACGGCAUUGGAAGGGAGGAAAGAGGAACUGGUGGAUGGCGAGGUGGUGGAGAGGGACGAUGAUCUGGAGAUUCAGAUUGGGAAUAAGCUCAGGAGAGAUGCAUUUUUGGUGUUCAGGGCCCUUUGUAAGUUGUCCAUGAAGACGCCGACGAAGGAGGCAUCUGUGGACCCUCAGUUGAUGAAGGGGAAGAUUGUGGCCCUGGAGUUGUUGAAGAUCUUGUUGGAGAAUGCCGGAGCUGUCUUCAGGACUAGCGAAAGCAGGUUUUUGGGUGCCAUCAAGCAGUACUUAUGUUUAUCAUUGCUGAAGAACAGUGCCUCAACUCUUUUGAUCGUUUUUCAGCUAUCUUGCUCCAUCUUCAUUAGUCUGGUAUCAAGAUUUAGAGCUGGACUGAAAGCAGAAAUUGGAGUAUUUUUCCCCAUGAUUGUUCUUAGGGUUCUAGAAAAUGUUGCUCAACCUAAUUUCCAGCAAAAGAUGAUUGUGCUUCGUUUUCUGGAGAAGCUCUGUGAUGAUUCACAGAUAUUGGUAGACAUUUUUAUCAAUUAUGACUGUGAUGUCAAUUCAACAAACAUAUUUGAGAGGAUGGUAAAUGGACUCCUUAAAACUGCCCAGGGUGUCCCUCCUGGUGCAACAACCACAGUUUUGCCACCUCAAGAGGAAACACUGAAACUUGAAGCCAUGAAGUGUUUAGUUGCUGUUUUAAAAUCCAUGGGAGACUGGAUGAACAAACAAUUCCGCAUUCCAGAUCCUCUUUCAGGCAAAAAAGUUGAAGCAGUUGAUAAUGAUCAUGAUGCUGGAGUUCCUCCCACUGCAAAUGGGAAUGGUGAAGAGCCAGCUGAAGGAUCAGAUACUCAGUCUGAAGUCUCCAAUGAGACAUCUGAGGUUUCAAACAUUGAGCAACGUCGGGCUUAUAAACUGAAACUUCAGGAAGGUAUAUCACUUUUUAACAGGAAGCCAAAGAAAGGAAUUGAAUUCCUCAUCAAUGCCAACAAAGUGGGUAAUUCACCAGAGGAAAUAGCAGCUUUUCUUAAAGAUGCAUCUGGGUUGAACAAGACUUUGAUUGGGGAUUAUCUAGGAGAAAGGGAAGAAUUAUCCUUGAAAGUAAUGCAUGCAUAUGUGGAUUCUUUUGACUUUCAAGGGUUGGAGUUUGAUGAAGCAAUCAGGGCCUUUCUUCAAGGCUUUAGACUGCCUGGUGAGGCACAGAAAAUUGAUCGAAUUAUGGAAAAGUUUGCAGAACGAUAUUGUAAAUGUAAUCCAAAAGUCUUUUCUAGUGCUGAUACGGCGUAUGUUCUUGCCUAUUCUGUGAUACUGCUUAACACUGAUGCUCAUAAUCCUAUGGUGAAAAACAAGAUGUCGGCUGAAGAUUUCAUAAAAAAUAAUCGUGGCAUAGAUGAUGGAAAAGAUGUACCAGAAGAAUAUUUGAGGUCUUUGUAUGAACGAAUAUCUAGAAAUGAGAUCAAAAUGAAAGAAGUUGAUCUGGAAACCCAGCAAAUUCAGGCUGUGAACUCGAACAGACUUUUAGGCUUGGAUAGUAUAUUGAAUAUUGUGAUCCGGAAGCGAGGGGAAGACAGUAAUAUGGAGACCAGUGAUGAUCUAAUCCGACAUAUGCAGGAACAAUUCAAAGAAAAAGCUCGCAAAACUGAGUCAAUCUAUUAUGCAGCAACUGAUGUUGUAAUCCUCAGAUUCAUGAUUGAGGUCUGCUGGGCACCAAUGUUAGCUGCCUUCAGUGUUCCUCUUGAUCAAAGUGAUGAUGAAUUUAUAAUAGCGCUGUGUCUUGAGGGCUUUCGAUAUGCUAUUCAUGUUACUUCUGUAAUGUCCAUGAAGACUCACAGAGAUGCUUUUGUGACUUCACUAGCAAAAUUUACCUCCCUUCAUUCUCCUGCUGAUAUUAAGCAGAAAAAUAUAGAUGCGAUCAAGGUGAUUGUUACUAUUGCUGAUGAGGAUGGGAAUUACUUGCAAGAAGCUUGGGAGCAUAUCUUGACCUGUGUUUCCCGAUUUGAACAUCUACAUCUUCUCGGAGAGGGGGCCCCACCUGAUGCCACUUUCUUUGCAUUCCCUCAAAAUGAUUCUGAAAAAACAAAGCAAUCAAAAUCAACUAUUCUUCCUGUUUUAAAGAAAAAGGGACCCGGAAGGAUGCAAUAUGCAGCUGCCACAGUGAUGCGGGGUUCAUAUGAUAGCACUGGAAUCGGUAGUAAUACUUCUGGAGCUGUGACUUCGGAACAGGUGAACAAUCUAGUCUCCAAUUUGAACAUGUUGGAACAAGUCGGAAGCUCGGAAAUGAAUCGCAUAUACACUCGGAGUCAGAAGCUGAACAGUGAGGCCAUAAUAGAUUUUGUCAAGGCUUUGUGCAAAGUUUCCAUGGAGGAACUUAGAUCUCCAUCUGAUCCACGGGUGUUCAGCCUUACAAAGAUAGUUGAAAUUGCACACUAUAAUAUGAACCGCAUCAGGCUUGUGUGGUCAAGCAUAUGGCAUGUUCUCUCAGAUUUCUUUGUAACCAUUGGCUGUUCUGGGAACCUUUCAAUUGCAAUUUUUGCAAUGGAUUCCUUGCGUCAGUUGUCAAUGAAAUUUCUGGAGCGAGAGGAAUUGGCUAAUUAUAAUUUUCAGAAUGAAUUUAUGAAGCCUUUCGUCAUUGUUAUGAGGAAGAGUAGUGCUGUUGAAAUUAGAGAACUUAUCAUUAGAUGUGUCUCCCAAAUGGUUUUAUCACGGGUCAACAAUGUAAAAUCAGGAUGGAAGAGCAUGUUCAUGGUAUUCACAACAGCAGCAUAUGAUGACCACAAAAAUAUUGUACUCUUGUCUUUUGAAAUUAUGGAGAAAAUUAUUCGAGAUUACUUUCCAUACAUCACUGAGACUGAAACCACCACCUUUACAGAUUGUGUUAAUUGUCUAAUUGCAUUCACCAAUAGUAGAUUUAACAAAGAGAUUAGCCUAAAUGCCAUUGCUUUCCUUCGAUUCUGUGCCACAAAACUAGCAGCAGGAGACCUUGGAUCUUCGUCCAGAAAUAGUGACAAGGAAACUUAUGGAAAGGUGUCUACUCCUUCACCUCGAACAGGAAAAGAGGGGAAACAAGAAAAUGGGGAGGUGACAGACAAAGAUGAUCAUCUCUAUUUCUGGUUUCCUUUAUUGGCUGGUUUGUCUGAACUUAGCUUUGACCCAAGAUCUGAAAUAAGGCAAAGCGCCUUGAAGGUCCUGUUUGAAACGUUACGCAACCAUGGCCACCUUUUUUCACUACCUUUAUGGGAAAGAGUAUUUGAAUCAGUCCUAUUUCCAAUAUUUGAUUAUGUUCGUCAUGCCAUUGAUCCUUCUGGGAGUAACUCAGAGGUCAAUGAAUCAGAGACUGACGGUCAGCUUGAUCAAGAUGCAUGGCUUUACGAGACAUGCACACUAGCCCUGCAAUUGGUUGUAGAUCUUUUUGUCAACUUCUAUAACACUGUCAAUCCACUUUUAAGGAAGGUUUUGAUGCUCCUGGUAAGCUUUAUAAAGCGCCCUCAUCAAAGCCUGGCUGGCAUUGGUAUUGCUGCUUUUGUUCGUUUGAUGAGUAAUGCUGGGGAGCUGUUUUCUGAUGAGAAGUGGUUAGAAGUGGUUUUUUCACUAAAAGAAGCAGCAAAUGCAACACUCCCUAACUUUCAAUUCCUUGACAGUGGAGACAUUGCGACUGGAAAUCAUGAACAUGCUUCAAUGGCUGAAGAUGACAGGGAUCCUGAGCAGUCUGGCUCACAUGAUAGUUUACAAAGCGUGAGGACUCAACAUCUUUAUGCACAUUUAUCUGAUGCAAAGUGCCGAGCUGCUGUUCAGCUUUUAUUGAUCCAGGCGGUGAUGGAGAUCUAUAACAUGUAUCGAUCUCAGCUUUCAGCAAAAGCUCUACUUGUCUUGUUUGAGGCUUUGCAUGAUGUGGCAUUACAUGCUCACAAGAUUAACAGCAAUCUCAUUUUACGUUCAAAAUUACAAGAGUAUGGCUCUAUGACUCAAAUGCAAGACCCUCCACUGUUACGCCUGGAGAAUGAGUCCUACCAAAUAUGCCUCACAUUUUUACAGAACCUUGUUGUGGAUACGCCUCCUAAUUAUGAGGAGAUUGAGGUAGAGACACUUUUUGUUCAGCUUUGUCAGGAAGUCUUGAAGUUUUAUAUUGAAGUUGCAGGUUCUGGAAGAGUAUCCGAAUCUUCUAAUGGUAGGCAGCUGAAUUGGUUAGUUCCACUAGGGUCUGGGAAGAGGAGAGAAUUGGCUGCACGUGCACCCCUUGUUGUGGCCUCUCUUCAAGGUAUGUGUAAUUUGGGAGAUACAUCUUUGGAGAAGAACCUGGAUCAUUUUUUCCCUCUUAUCACUGGCUUGAUAAGUUGCGAACAUGGGUCAACUGAGGUUCAGGUAGCUCUCAGUGAUAUGCUUAGUUUAUCAGUUGGUCCUCUUCUGCUACGCUCAUGUUAAUUGAUUGGGGUAAGAUCAACCCUGAAUUUUGAGAUAUAGGAUAUUUUUUCCUUAAAUCUUUUUGUUCAUAUUGUCUUUCUUUCCUACGGCUUGCAAAAGUGUAGUUCGAUAGUGUUUGAAUAGUUGGUAGUGAUUUUGUGUUUAUACCUUCCCGGCUCUUCUAUAUAUUAGAAGCCUAGGAUUACUGAUUCCAAUUUAUCUGUACUACCAGGAGGUUUAAUGUUGUAUCUUGUAUGCGUAAUUAUUUUAUCCCCAUUUUUUGAAA